AUGGAUCUGAGCGACGACGAAGAACUCUUGCUGAUCGAGGAGGAAGAAGAGGACGGAAGCCAGAAAGAAGAGAUCGAUUCGCUCGUCGUCGGUAUGGAAGAACUUUACCGAAUUUGUGACCUAACUUUUUCUUUAUUAAUUCAGAAGACGUUCGCCGUCGACUUCUCGACGUAUUCAAGAUGUUCGACGAGGAUUGCGAUGGGCUUAUUGAGGCAUAAUACUUUUUUAGAAAAUUUGAGCCAGAAACAACCCAUUUUCGGCCUGAAAAGUAUGUGGGCUCAUUUAGUAGGAAAACAACUCAAUUUAUAACGAAAAAAAACAGUGUUUCUAUUUUUUCCUGUUUCGAAUCGAGUUUUUUACUGAAAACCCUGUCAAAAUACGGUUUGCAGACGGACGACGUCGGCCACGUGUUGCGCAGUUUCGGCCUGAAUCCGAGCCAAACCGAAAUGCAGCUGGUGAUCGAGCAGACGGCGAAAAAGAAUGGACGGUGCUCGUUCGAAGACCUGCUGCCGCGCGUCGUCGCGGCGAUUCAGAACGAGGAAUGGAAGGACGAGACGCCGAAGGAGAUCCACGCGGCGUUCCAGGUGAUCACUUCGAACAACUACGUGCAGAAAGACACGCUACUCCAACUGCUCACCUCGAUCGGAGAGCCGCUGAGUGCUCAGGAAGUGAAGCAGUUCCUGAACCACGUGAGCGUACGUGGCAACGGAGAUAUUGAUUGGGUCGCGUACGUGAAAGACACGUGUGAAAUGAUCGCUUCCAGGGAUUAG